AUGGAAAGAAAGAAAAAGCCGAAAGACACAGUUUCAGAACUGAAGUGUACAGACAAUGAUAACUUGGGAUUAAAGUUAUGUGAAGAAUGCAUGAAAUGUAAUAGGGAAAAGCUACAAAUUUUGGUUGAAACAGAAAAGGCUGCCAGUUUGGAUUUUGGACCAUCAUUGGAAGUUUAUAAAAGUGAAAUGCGAGACAUUACACAUUCCAUGAUGUCAAAAAUGGAGAUUCUUGAAAAAGCCAUAUAUGCACAAAAUGAAGAAUGGUCAGGUUUAAGAAAAAGAAUGGAAAAUAUAUCUAUAACUUCUUUAAAACAGAUGGAAGAUAAUGAGAAAAUAACUAAAAAAACAGUUGAAAAAAGUGAACAAGUGUUAAUGAAAUAUUCAGAAGCUGUAAAAGGGAAGGUUGACACUCUUGCGACUGAUGUUAAAAAGAUGCAAAAAUCCAUUUUAGAUACAACUACCAAAAUAGAUUUUAAUAAUGAUAGGGAAAAAAGAAAAAAUAACAUAAUAUUAUAUAAUUUAGAUGAGAAGGAAAAUAACCCCAGGGUAUGUGUUGGCAAACUGUUGAAAGAGAUUGCUGAUAUUGAUUCUGAGUCAGAAGUGGUUGAUAUAUCCAGGUUGGGUAGAAAAUCAGAGGAGGCCAAACCAAGACCAGUUUUAGUACAACUAGCAAGUUUAACUACCAAGAAUUUGUUGCUUGCAAACUGUUUUAAACUGAGAAACUCAGCAUGUUUUAGUAAAGUUAUAAUAAAUCAUGAUCUAUCUAAGGAAGACAGAAUCAGUAAUAAAAAAAUUCUUGAAGAGAAAAAAAGUUUUGCUGAAGUCAACAAAAGAGGUUUGGUGUUGUACUAUAAAAAUUCAAUAGUUGUUUCUGAGGUUGCCAUGAAAUCAGAUUUCAAAGAACAUAUUUCUGUUAAACUUGUGAUGUCCAAAAGUAUUUUAAAUAUUGUUUUUAUUUACAGAAGUCCAAAGUCUGAUGAAAAAAACAAUAAAAAUUUGUUAUCUUUGUUAAUUGAGGGUCUUUCAUUAAAUGGUGAUUUUCUAAUGCUGGGUGAUUUUAAUUUUCCUGAAAUUGAUUGGGAGACAUUUAGUUGCAGAGGAAGUGAUGAAAAAAUUGAAAAUGAAUUUUUGAGUAUUCUGAAAGAUAAGUUCUUAAUUCAACAUAUUAACUUUCCAACAAGAUUCAGAGAUGGACAGGCAGCAAACAUCCUUGAUCUGGUAAUAUCAGCUAAAGAGUUGGUCCGCAACAUUAUGCAUCAUCCACCUUUGGGUAAUAGUGACCAUUCUAUUGUGGAAUUCAAAGUAAUAGGUUUCAGAUGCCCACCUGAGAAAUACAAGAAAAAGUAUUGUUAUGAUUCAGGAAAUUAUGAAAGUUUCAGAGAGCUUCUGUCACAAGAACUUGAUAAUCGAACAGGUCAGAAUGAGGAUACUGAAGAUAGUUCUGAAGAGAGGAAGCGUGGGCCGAGGCACAACAAUUCUGGUGUUCCCCCGGUCACCCCUGUCAACUGCUGGAGAGAUCAGCUGCUAUCUAAUUUGUGUCUCAACAUCUUCCAAACUUUCAGUCCCGUGCUUACUACCUUGCUGUCCAAACUUGUCGAACAACAUUCAAAAGUUUUCACCUCUGAAAAAGCUGCAACGAAAACUUCACAUGACUUAGCUGAUCGCAAAACCACACAUCAUCUUCCCUUCAAUCCGAUCACGCCCAAAAAUAAUCCUAGUCAUGAUUUUAAAAACUUAUACGAGCACGAACUGGUGCUUGUUGAUGAUCUGGAAACUGACAGACAGCAAUGUGAUGUGGCCUCACAAAGAUCUUCCAGUCAGAGGAACAUAUUGCAGAAUGGACUGCAUAAUGUUAUGUCUUCUCCUGAAAAAAGCAGCUUGUUGUCUACAGUGUUUCCAUAUGUUGAUGAUAUCAAUCUCGAUGGAGUUCUUACUGUCAGACCACUCUUCACUGAUAGUUGUCCAACGACACAUCUAAACAGCAACAAUCGUUUCAUCAACAUCAACAACCGCAUCAACAACAACAUCAACAACAACAUCACCAUCAUGCAAUCUCCCAUCUGCUUAGUGUUCCCGAGCGAGCCGCGAUCUGGGAACCAGCCUGCCCCGACGUCCACCUCCAACGCCCUCCACAGACCCUCCAACAACCCAGCAGGCCAACACCCGCAUAAGAAUGUACUACCUCACCUUCGCAAUAAGCCACACACUGCAGUUCCUAGCAACAACACUCACCACAGCCAACAACGAUCUUACAGCAAACUCGUUGGACAGGUUUUGAUAAAAUUUCAUAUUAAGGCAACGGCAAAAAAUGCUUUGUUGGAAAAUAAAAAAGGGAAGCCUGGAGAUAAUCUUCAUAAAAAAUGUGUCACUUUUGAAAUAAAUGCAAGCAAUCUGUUCACGGUUCGAAAAACUGACAAUAAAAGUGAAAAGUUUAAAGAUAAACUCAAUUGUUGUAAGCGUAAAAAAGAUGUUAGCUCUAUUUCGAAAGCUGUGUCCACAAUCGAAUCACCAGAGAACAACUUGCACGAAAUCUUAGGCACAUCAGCAAAAAGUACCACCUUUGCGUCCCCAUUGAGUUCUCCAUCAACGUCAAUCUUACCGCCAGCUCUACAUAUUGAGGCAUUGUCUGAUGAUCAAAUAGUUCCUCUUAUUAACAGAAUUCUCAAGGUUGUUAAAUCAAGUGAUUUUAUCAAAAAAUUCUCUAACAAAAAUUGUUAUCAAAUGAAUAGUUUAAUAUUAGAUAAUAAUAAUAGCUGUGCUUUCAAUAAACGCCACAAAAAUAAUAACUCUGAUGAGCAAACUUUCAAUUGUGAUGUUCCUAAUAUGUAUUGUUUCAAUCACAAAACUCGAAAACUUUAUCAUCCUGUUAAACAAAUGGAUACCAACGUAAUUCCAGCAAGUGCAGUUGCCAGCCGUGAUAAACUCAACGUUUGCAAGAAAAAUAUGAAGUUUUUGUGUGAAACCACAAUAAAUAAUACUCUUGACAAUAAACACGCCAAUUUAACAAAUAAUAACAAUGACCUGCAUCGAGAUCCAUUUAAAUCAAGCAACACAACGGACACAAUUGAUAACAUUAACAUAAGUCUGCAUCAUCUUACUUGCGAAAGCAUUGAUGUAAGCAAGGGUCUCAGAUUGAUGUGUAACCAUUUGAACGAGGUUUGCAGCUGUAUUGAAAAUUUUUGUCAUGAAUUACAAAUAUUAUAUGAUCAUGGACAUUAA